AUCGCCAAAGCCUCACCGGCAUAUUUUUGUUUUGACCUUUAAAAAGUUACAACUGUCAAAUAUUAAUGUAUUUAGCCCGGAAAGUUCUUUUGCAAAUAUCACCUGUUUUAACAAAUCUUGUGCCAAAUAAGCAAGCAACUGUUAUUUCAAGUGGAUUUGGCAUCUUUGAGAAAAGGUUCUCCAGCAACAUGUCCAAGACAGCCCUAGUGAUCCUGGCGCAGGGAGCCGAGGAGAUGGAGACGGUCAUCACAGUUGACAUGCUCAGGAGGAGCGGAGUGACCGUCACGGUAGCAGGUCUCGACGGGAGCGCCCCCGUGCUGUGCUCACGCCAAAUCACUCUCGUCCCCGAUAAGGCUUUAGCUGACGCUUUGGCCGACACUCCUCAAUAUGACGCGGUGAUCCUGCCCGGAGGUCUCGAGGGGUCCGACCGUCUGUCCAAGUCGUCGGUCGUGGGUACUCUGCUCAAGGAACAUGAGAAGGCAGGGAAAAUUGUCGCUGCUAUCUGCGCUGCUCCUACUGCGUUCGUGGCGCAUGGAAUCGGUCGCGGCAAGCGCGUCACGUCAUACCCCACUACUAAAGACAAGAUCACUGAUGACUACACCUAUGUUGAAGGCGAGAGGGUGGUCGUAGACGGCAACGUGGUUACUAGCAGGGGUCCCGGCACGGCAUACUGGUUUGGACUCUCUCUCAUCGAGCAGCUGGUCGGCAAAGAGAAGGCGGACCAAGUGGAAAAAGGCAUGGUCAUCAGCUCCUACUAAUAGCAUUUAUGGAUACCGCUUAUAGUUCGUUUUUUUUAGCAUUAGAUAGAACUUGCAAGAAGGUAAGCGAUCUUGACAUGUCUUUUAAUUGAAAAACGCUUUUUAAAAAUCAGUAACUAUUGCUUAUGAAAUCAGAAGAAUAUAAAUGAUCGUAUUAGAUUCAUAAUUGUUACAUAUUUGCCGUAAUAUAUUUUUAAAAUGUGUUUUUCAAUUAAAAGGCAUAUCAAGAUUGUUUACCUUAUUUCUAAUGCUAAAAAAACGAAAUAUAGAAGAGGCCACAUACAUAACAUAGAAUAUACACAUGAAACUGCGCUAUUUUAACACAUCAGAGCAAGAACCCGACUGUCGCGUACACUGUUCGUAGCGACUACUCGCUACAUACGGCGAAGACGUGGCUACGCGCUAAGAACGUAACCCGUAGCAAUUAAUGUGUUAAAUGUGCACAGAUGUAGUGGAUAAUUGUUUUCCAUCGUAUUUUCUCGGAAACUUUUUUUUAAUUUAUUUAUUCAUAAUACACUAAAAUACAUUGUACAAAUAACAUAAAAACUCGCCAAACUGUGAAGUAUGAUGGCGAGAUACGCUCUUUUUUAUGCAAGUAACAACCUAUUUGGGUCAUACCCGUUUUAUAGUAUCUAGUACAUACUUGAGACUCAAGUCAUAAAUAAUAAUAAUAAUGAAAACGUUCGUAUUUGUCAUGGUACUUCAGUAAACGUCAGUACUUUUUGUACCGAGACUGACGGAAAUAGCAAGACACGUUCGUACGUUUCCGUGACAAUACGAUGGAAAAUAAUUAUGCACUACAUCUGUAUAAUUUUUUAUUUUCAUACCGUUUUAUGUUAUUUUUUAAUUCUGUACCGCCAUUCGUUUUAUUCGCCUCUUCUUAGAGUUAUAGCAAGAAAUCUGCAGCGAUUUUGACAGCCCACGCAAUGCAAGUGUUAUUUAUGUCAUAAUUUCAUAGAAGUUUGACGUUUAAAAUAACACUUGCACUGCGUGGGCUAUAUAAAUCGCUGCAGACUUUUCUUGGUCUAACUCUGAAAUGCGGGAACUACAGUCACUAUCCUGAAGAUUUAUCUGUAAGUGUUAUUCGAAUAAAUAUUGUCAAUUAAA